AGAAUUUACCAAACGUAAAAACACGUCCAAAACAAACACCAGCUUCAUUCUUCCAAAUAAAAAAUCAAAAGCUCUAAAUUCUUUCGCUGGGUUGUAACCUGCAAACAAAGUGUUUGGCUAAACGCCCUUUAUUUACUGUGUGUACCUUUUCCACUGCAAACAAAGGUUAGAAUACACCUAUUUUCUGGUAUUCAUAACGCCAAGGGAUGGAGUUCACAACUUGUCUUAAAUCCAACUUUAACCAACUAUCAACUUUUCUACACCAACCGAUUAAUCGCCAGAACACUCACUAUCGCCGUUUUUUAGCUUCGCUCUACACUAUGACUGCUAAAUCUAUGCACUGCAGAGCCACUGCCGAAAUGCAAAGCAAGAGCGGCUCAUUUGGAACCAUCGAAAAGGUCAAACCAAUCUCUGGUGAUCAUUCCUCUGAUCUGGCAUUAUCAAGUUUAGCAGCUCUAUGCCCAUUAGAUGGCCGCUAUUGGGAUAAAGUUAAGGAUCUGGUUCCAUUCAUGAGCGAGUAUGGCCUCAUUCGCUUUCGAGUCCUAGUUGAGGUUAAAUGGUUGCUAAAGCUUUCAGAAAUUCCUGAAAUCCCUGAAGUUCCUAGUUUUUCUUUGGGAGCAAAAUCUUAUCUGCAUGGCUUGAUUGAUGGAUUUAGCUUGAAUGAUGCAAUGGAAGUCAAGGAAAUUGAGAAAGUAACUAACCAUGAUGUUAAAGCAGUGGAGUAUUUUCUUAAACAAAGAUGCCAAUCACAUGGAGAAAUUGCUAAGGUGCUUGAAUUUUUCCAUUUUGCGUGCACUUCUGAGGACAUCAACAAUCUAGCACAUGCAUUAAUGCUAAAAGAAGCUAUUAAUAGUGUUAUAUUGCCAGCCAUGGAUGAGCUGAUUACUGCAAUCACUGACAUAGCCACAUAUACUGCACAUGUCCCAAUGCUUUCUAGGACCCAUGGGCAG